AUGGCUUCGUUUUGCAACGGCCGCUGUUUGUUGCUCUUGCCAUUAGGCUUCUCUUGUCUUCUAGUUGUUCUGUCUUUCGCUGAUCAGGCUAAAGAAACUGUUGGCCCCUUUAAUUCUCUAUAUAACAUUGGCGACUAUUCAUCUUCAUCAGCUGCUGAUCAUAUUGCUGCAACCCUCAAUCUGCCUUCUCCACAACCCCACAACCAACAAGGCACUGAAUUCUUCGAGUCCGGUCUUAAUUUUGCCACCCCCGGAGCUACCAUCAUGAGCCCUUUUUUCUUCGUCAAAAAUGGCAUCAAACCACCUCCGCAGUCUCAUGAGCUAUCCCCGAUUGUCACAUUCAUGAAGUUCUUCUAUAAAGACUGCUUCUCUUUUCACGACUGUGGCAAAAACAAGGUUCUUCGGAAAGCUCUCAUCUUUAUGGAUCAACCUGGAAUCAAUGACUAUAAACAGGCCUUCUUACAUGGAAAAUCUAUUUCCGAGGCGUCUCAUCUUGUGCCUGAAGUGGUGGAGACCAUUAAGAAUUCAGUUGAAAGACUCAUCAAGGAAGCUGAAGCCAAAACUGUUAUGGUUUCUGGAAUUCUACCCAUGGGCUGUUUUCCAGGUUUUAGGAGUAUGUUUCUUGAGGGCGACGCAAUUGGCAAAAACAGAUGUCACAAGGGAUUGAAUUUGUUCUCGAAGCUUCACAAUGAUCACCUUUCGCAAGCAAUUAUGGAGCUGCGUUUGAAAUACCCUGAAGUUCACAUCAUAUACGCAGAUUUCUACAAAGCAUUCAUGGCUGUUCUUAAGAACCACGCCUUUCUGGGAUUCAAGACAAAGACUUUGAUGAAGGCAUGUUGUGGCAGUGGCGAUGGUCCGCUCAACUUUGAUGUGAAGAAGAAGUGCGGAGAGGAAGGAGCUGCUACGUGUUCUGAUAGGGCUUCUUAUUUACAUUGGGAUGGAUUUCGAUUGACCCCUGAGGCUUUGGAGAACCUGAUCGAUACGCUCUUCAGCAAAAAAGGAUUCGUAUUUCCAGAAUUAAAGUUUGGAGAAGAAACAACAGCAGCAGUAACAAGGCAUUAUUCCAAGAUUCAUGGACGAGUUAGAGACAUGUCUUAUGUUAUUAGGCAUCUACUCUUUGUCUAA